AUGUCGAUGCCAUUACACGGAAGCUCGCAACAACCUGAUAUGCAGCGUGGCCAGAAGCAUCGGUGCGAGUCACAUCAGCGGACCUGGCCCGUACCGGAGUCGCAGCUUCUGACUGGCGAAAUGGGAGAACUGCCUGGAAUGAACGAUGAUAUUUCUGAUGCUGCCAGCUCUAUCGUUGGUGACAAUAUCAUAUCUCCGCUCUUGAACAUGAUAGCAACCCAACAUCUCUUGAUCCCCGAACGAAAGAGCAGAUAUAGUAUUACGGUCAUGUCAAUGCAAUAG